GGGGCGAGGCGAUGGCGAACCAUUGGGGGGCUCAUCCAGGGGGCGUGCAACAAAUGGCAUGGGAUCGUCGAGGAGGUCGCGGCUCGCCCGGAGAGCGGCGCCAGCGUUGAGGAUCAGCUGCUACGCAUGUUCGCCAUGUAUCGGCAGGGCAACAACGACGUCGUAUUCAAGUACCUCCACGUUUACAAGCGCAUUGACAAGUGCGAGAAGUGGGCGGAAGUCCGGCGCACCCUUGACAAGGCCAAGGAGACCUACAAGCCGGACGCGCCGACGUCGGGCGCGUCAGAAGGGCGGCCGGACGGCAACAAAGGUGCCAAGAACGGGAAACACGCCGACGCGGCCACCGCUCGAGUGCAGGAGUCCAUCGAGCAUUGCCUCGCCGACGCACAGGCUCGGGCCACCCUUCGUGAAGAGAAGACCGGGGCGCGGUGGUCGGCGUUGUUGUCGAGCAGCGCCGUCAAGAUCGACCUACUCCGGACCAACGUCGUCGCGAAGAAGAGAAACACUGACCUGGCUUUCCUGCUGGGCGGGGCGGACAUGCUCCAGAGCAACGACGAGGCGGUCAAGGCGUGGUACUUGGCGGAGCGUGGCCUCAUCCUGAACCAGCUUCCCUCGACGACGACGCCCACGCCCACGCUGCCGCCAAGCCCGAGCGAUGAUGCCGCCGAGACUCCCCGCAGCACAGAAGCCACGCCGACGCCGCCUAGCACAGAGACCCCGCCAAGCCCGCGCACGCCGACUCCGCCAACGCCGGAGGUCGACCUCGCCAUCUGAUGCGCACGCGCGUCCUUUCUUCUUUUUGUACGCCGAACUGUGGCCGCUUGAUUGCCGGAUUUGUGGCGUCUAUUUUGUGAGCGGGAAUGACUACGUUUGAAUUUGUCGCGGCUGGGGGGUGGCGCCUGGGGGCGUGGCUGGGAGCUAGGUCGCCCCCAGGGGCCAAUCUAGUGCCGGUUCGCCCCCAGGCCGCUCUUUUUCGGCGCCUUGGGGGGCUGAACGGCUGGAGAUGCUCUAACGUGUUGGUUGGGACUUGGGACCGGGCAACAUCACUUCAAGAACAGAGACGUUGUCCUGUAGUAGACGUCGAUAAUAUACUUUAGUGUAUCCCUAAUUUUUUUUUUGUUGUUGUUGUUGCUGCGGGGGAACCAGUACUCCGAUGUUGAUGGCUUUGGAUUCGUUCUCCCACCUAUUUAAGCUGUUUUGCCCAGUCUUGUUUGCUUGACAUUGUUAGCAAUUAAUUUUCUUUUUUGAGAUAUAGACAUUGCCAGCAGUUAUAUUGAUAGCGUGGAUCGAAUCAAGUAGAUAGAAAAUGUGGAUUGGCCGAUGACUUGUAUAUUUUGCAGUUAAGUCGUUGCCACUUAUCUCAAUUUACAUGUCGCCAUAGUUGGAUCAUCCG